AUGUCCAAAUUCGGCGUCCUCGUCACCGGCCCCGCCGGCGCCGGCAAAACGACCUUCUGCACCGCCCUCAUCACCCAUCUCCACCACAGUCGCCGGUCGGCCUUCUACGUGAACCUGGACCCGGCAGCCACGGACCUCAGUUACACGCCGGACCUGGACAUUCGGGACCUGAUCUCGCUUGAGGACGUCAUGGAAGAGCCACUGUCCCUGGGGCCCAACGGCGGGCUGAUCUACUGCUUUGAGUUCCUCCUGCAGAACCUGGACUGGCUGGCCGAAGCCAUCGACCCUCUGACGGAAGAGUACCUGAUCAUCUUCGACCUCCCCGGCCAGAUCGAACUGUACACCCACAUCCCCCUGCUGCCGGAGCUGGUGCGGUACCUCUCGCGCAUGGGCCCUCUGAACAUUUCCCUGUGCGCCGCCUACCUCCUCGAGGCGACCUUCGUGGUGGACAAGGCCAAGUUCUUCGCCGGAACGCUCUCCGCCAUGAGCGCCAUGAUCAUGCUCGAACUGCCCCACGUCAACAUCCUCUCCAAGAUGGACCUGGUCAAGGACCAAGUCCCCAAGCGCGAGCUGCGCCGCUUCAUCGACCCGGACGCCAACCUCCUCGACCAGGAGGACACCGGCCGCGAACUCCUGCCCAGCUCCUCCAGCUCCGGAAUUGCUGGCCCGGGCAUGAGCAAGGGAGCACCAGAGUACACCGCAUUGGAUGUCCGCAACGCGCACGAGGUCGACAGCAUCAUGUCAGGCGGGUCGUUCAAGCAGCUCAACCGCGCCGUGGCUCGUCUGAUCGAUGAUUUCAGCAUGGUGUCCUUUUUACAGCUGGACGUCAACGACGAGGAGAACGUCGGCGAUGUGCUCAGCUACAUUGACGAUGCCAUCCAGUUCCACGAGGCGCAGGAACCGAGAGACCCCAAGGAGCCCGAAUUGGACGACGCCCCCUGGGAGGAUUGA